AUGCCCGCGUGCUUCGACGACUUGUUCGGCGGAAAGCGACUGGACGUGAAAAUAUCCGCAAUAGAUGACGUGGCAGCGCGAGACACGUCAGCGGCCGCCCAGAUAUGGCUCCACCCUUCAGGGAUGACGGCUGAUGACGUGGCCGCGGGAGACAUGGUCGCGGUGGUGUGCAGUGAUCCCCAAACCGCGCAGCCAAUCCCGCCCCUCCAGCUGGCACAGGAGGCUCUACACCUUGCAACGCCCGAUUGGACGCAGCAUCCUGAUUGGCCGGCGAUUGCCGCCCAAUUACCGGGACUGUACUACGCGUUGGCUACUGUCUGGCCGGCGCCUAAGAUUCCCAAAUCCUGCUGCCGCCUCUCUUGGCAGCUAGCGGACAGCCUAGGCCGCCCGGAGGAAAGCACCCGCCUUUUUGUCUUCACUCUCAAGGCCGGGCGGCAACAGAAUCUGGGUCCUAAUUUGCCACAAGUGCAUGGUGAACAGGCAGUCAUGCAGCCAAUUCCGUGCGGACAGCUGGCGCUGACGUGGCUGGAGCCAUUGGCUUGCAGUGCUGGUGCUGAUGGGGACAGGUCAGCAGCAGCAGGCGGGGAGGGAGAAGGAGGGGAAGCAGCGGACGCAUUGCAAAGAACACCAGAAGGGGAGGAGAAGGAAAAAGUGGAGGAGGAAGGGGAGGGGAGGGGGGGAGGGGCAGCGGCGGUGGCAAGGCGGGUGGCGGGGGACUUGAGGGGAAUCACGCUGGGGUCGGUGGGAGGGUUGGUGGAUCAGAAGAGAGCGCUUAAGGAGGCCGUGCUGCUGCCCCUCCGACACCCGGACCUCUUCCACAGAUAUGGCCUCAUGCCCCCACGUGGCAUUCUGCUGCACGGGCUGCCCGGCAUGGGCAAGACGUCGCUGGUUCUCACUCCACCCCACUCACCCAUUUCUCGUUUUGAGGCGCCUCAAAACUACACCCCACUCCCCCCGUUCUCUCUUCUUUCCAUCUGCUUCACCCUGCCUAUCGUCACCACCAGGUACGGCAUCAAGCCCCCGCGGGGGAUAUUAUUGCACGGGCCGCCCGGCACGGGCAAGACGUCGCUGGCUCGGGCGGUGGCGGCGGAGGCUGGGGCAGCGUUGUUUGUCAUCAAUGGGCCGGAGCUCGUGAGCGAGUUCUUUGGGGAGAGCGAGGAGGCUCUUAACGAGGUGUUCUCUGCCGCCCAAGAGGCUGCCCCCUCCAUUGUGAGUGGUGCGGUGUGGUGCAGUGUGGUAUGGGGUGAUGGUAUGGGACAGCCAAAAUGCAGUGUGGUAUGGGGUGAUGGUAUGGGACAGCCAAAAUGCAGUGUGGUAUGCGGUGAUGUGUGGUAUGCGGUGAUGGUAUGGGACAGCCAAAAUGCAGUGUGGUAUGGGGUGAUGGUAUGGGACAGCCAAAAUGCAGUGUGGUAUGGGGUGAUGGUAUGGGACAGCCAAAAUGCAGUGUGGUAUGGGGUGAUGGUAUGGGACAGCCAAAAUGCAGUGUGGUAUGCGGUGAUGGUAUGGGACAGCCAAAAUGCAGUGUGGUAUGGGGUGAUGGUAUGGGACAGCCAAAAUGCAGUGUGGUAUGGGGUGAUGGUAUGGGACAGCCAAAAUGCAGUGUGGUAUGGGGUGAUGGUAUGGGACAGCCAAAAUGCAGUGUGGUAUGGGGUGAUGGUAUGGGAUAGCCAAAAUGCAGUGUGGUAUGGGGUGAUGGUAUGGGACAGCCAAAAUGCAGUGUGGUAUGGGGUGAUGGUAUGGGACAGCCAAAAUGCAGUGUGGUAUGGGGUGAUGGUAUGGGACAGCCAAAAUGCAGUGUGGUAUGCGGUGAUGGUAUGGGACAGCCAAAAUGCAGUGUGGUAUGGGGUGAUGGUAUGGGACAGCCAAAAUGCAGUGUGGUAUGGGGUGAUGGUAUGGGACAGCCAGAAUGCAGUGUGGUAUGGGGUGAUGGUAUGGGACAGCCAAAAUGCAGUGUGGUAUGGGGUGAUGAGUACCUGGCUCACUGCAUGGUGGCGGCCCUUUUCACCACCCUGGAUGCCGCCUCCUCACCCGUACUCCCCUCCUCACCCGUACUCCCCUCCUCACCCCUCCUCAUCCCUCCUCACCCCCCUUCACCGCACUGCACCAUCCCUUCCCCAGGUGUUUAUAGACGAGUUGGACGCCAUAGCCCCUGCCAGGACCCAGGAUGCGGAGGAUCUGUCUCACCGCAUGGUGGCCGCCCUCCUCACCAUCCUUGAUGGGUCCUCUUCAAGUCCAGGAGAGAGAGGGGGGGGACGAGGAGAAAUAAGUGGAAGAGGCAGAGGAGGAGGAGGAGGAGGAGGAGGAGGAGGAGGAGGAGGAGGAGGAGGAGGAGGAGGAGGAGGAGGAGGAGGAGGAGGAGGAGGAGGAGGAGGAGGAGGAGGAGGAGGAGGAGGGGAUGAGGCGAUGGGAAGGAAGGGAAGGAAGGCGGUAACGUUGGGUAAAUGGGUGGUGGUGAUCGGGGCGACCAACCGGGUGAAUGCCAUUGAUCCAGCACUCAGGCGACCGGGGAGGUUCGACCGAGACGUGGAGAUCGAUAAUCCCAUCCGAACCACACUGUUCUUCCUUCCAGGCAUCCCCACUCCUUCCGACCGCCUCGCAAUCCUCAGCACCCAUCUGUCCCGCAUGGCGCACGCGCUGUCACCCGAAGCCGUCCACGUCAUCGCCAGCUCAGCGACGCAUGGAUUUGUGGGCGCUGACAUCAGCGCGCUGUGCUCCGAAGCUGCUGUGGCAGCCCUGAGACGAAGCGUGGGGGAGAAAGAGAGGCAGGGAGGGGCGAGACGAGGGAAGGAGGGCAAGGAGGAGGGCAAGGAGGAGGGCAAGGAGGAGGGCAAGGAGGAGGGUAGACAGGAGGGUGGAGAGGAGGGUAGGGAGAGAGAGCAGCGCUGUUCUGCCGAUAGUGGGGUUACGCGCGGUGCAGAAGUCUCGUGUGCGGUGCAGCUGGCAGUGUGUGAGGAGGACUUUGAAGUGGCCCGGCGACGCAUCCGGCCCAGCGCUCUCCGAGAGGUGGCAGUGGAGGUGCCAACAGUGCGGUGGAGUGACAUUGGAGGGCUGGAAGGCAUCAAGCAAAGACUGAAAGAAGCAGUGGAGUGGCCGUACACGCGCGCACACGAGAUGAGAGCCAUUGGCGCCACACCCCCGCGUGGACUUCUGCUCUACGGACCCCCGGGGUGCAGCAAGACUCUCUUAGCUAAGGCAGUGGCAACAGAAGCUAGGCUCAACUUUCUCGCAGUCAAGGGUCCCGAGCUGCUCUCCAAGUGGGUGGGCGAGUCCGAACGAGCCGUCCGAACCUUGUUCUCCCGAGCCAAGGCGGCAGCUCCGGCGAUCGUGUUCUUCGAUGAGAUAGAUGGGCUGGCAGUGGCACGCAGUAAAGCAGGUGGAGGAGCGUCGGGAGGCGUGGGGGACCGUGUGAUGACGCAGCUACUGCUCGAGAUGGAUGCCCUCACCCCUUCCACUCAGGUCACAGUGAUUGCAGCUACCAACCGCCCAGACCUGUUAGAUCGAGCCCUCCUGAGGCCCGGCCGUUUCGACCGCCUUCUGUUCGUCCCGCCGCCCGACCUUGGCGCCCGGGAGAAGAUAUUUGCGCUCUGCCUGCGUGGCACGCCGCUGCAUGCUGACGUGGAUGCCCUCCAGCUCAGCUGCCAGCUGGCGGUGAGGAGCGAGGGGUACACGGGCGCUGACAUCACCGCGAUCUGUCGAGAGGCCAAGCUAGCAGCGCUGGAGGAGGACAUAUGCGCAACCUGUGUUGGGAUGCGGCAUUUCGACAAAGCACUUGGUACAGUGAAGAAGAGUGUAUCACCUCUAGAAGCUGCGUUCUAUGCCAACUUCCAAAGAGGUUGA